AUGGUGAAAACCGCAGGCAUUGAAGACGAUGCUAUGAGCGCUGUACCGUGGCAAUCAACCUAUAUCAAUGAACUCGAUAUAUCAUCUACAGAAUUAAGUGAAGAUUGUCUAUUAGAUAUAUUUUUUAGAAUGCCUAGAUUAAAAUAUUUAGCAGUUCCAUAUUGUGAUGGUUUCACAGACAAAGUUUUAGAACUUUUAGUUGACCACGGAAAACUAUCCACUUGUCAUGCUAUUGAUUUAAGCAAUACGGUCAAUUUAAGUUCUGAUGUUGUUUAUACGUUUUUAAUGUUACAUGGUAAACAUCUACAUGGACUAAGUUAUGCUGGAAAUGCCAAUGUAACAGAGCAAUUUUGGCGAAAAAUUGUCGGAUCAUUAGAAAAUAUCAAAAGAAUUAUAACUAAAGUUCAUGUUGAUCAAAUACUUGACGUUUGUGCUCACUACUGUCCAGAAUUACAACGUCUGGAAAUUCAAUGGGAUGCGGACACAGUUCGAUUUAGUGAAUUAAACAGUAAAUUCAUUGAUAAUCUCAGAAUUCGUUGCAUCCAUUUGCAAUCAUUGGUGUUAUCUGAUGGUGCUUAUUAUGAAAGUGUCAAAGCCAAUUUUGAACGUGCCAAUCGAAAUCGUGUUGUUCGAACAACAACAUCUUAUCGAACAACUACUAUUAGUUUGUUGGAUUAUUACAAUCAAUUAAAAUUUAAUUAG